GCCAACCAACCUGCCCGUACAUGAAAGGAUUGCGAACAGACUAUCCUUCGCCCAUCCUGAAACGGAACACGCACCAGCCAACAUCGGGGUUCUGGUGGUUUAUUCAUCCGGCAGGCCGGACACAAUAAAAAGCCAUCCAACAGUGGGUUCACGGUUUUAGUGCCUGUUUAAUCGUUACUUCAUUUGCAAGUGAUCGCAACUGUGGCAAAUAACCACACGGAGGAAUAGUGUAGUUUGUUUCACGGUAUUGCACGUGCAGUUAACACUACAGACAGUCAUCUUUACCAACAUGGCCAUGGCUUCGAUACUACCUGCAACUUCGGGCGUAGGCGAUAGUGAUCGUGUUCUCAAAUCCAUGGAUGCCAAUCGGUACGCGACGAAGAAAACCAUCGCCCAGGGCAUGCUGGACAUUGCGCUGCUGACGGCUAACGCGUCCCAGCUGAAGUACAUUCUGCAGGUGGGGGAAAAGCACGAGUUCUACGGUCUAAUGCUGACGCUAAUCAGCAUCUCGAUCAUACUGCAGAUGUUUGUCGGUAUACUGUUCGUGGUGAUCGGUAGUUUAAACAUCAAUCGCAAACCCGACCAAACGGCUGCCAUCGUGCUAAACGAUGUGAUCCUGGUACUAAUAUUUGUCAUCUCACUGAUCAAUGUCAUCAUAUCCGGGUUCGGUAUUGAGUAUUCUUCGCAACCGCUUCGGCUACUUGAGCGUGUGGAUGCGACACAGCCUACUGCAUCAACGCAAUCUACGAAACCCUCCGUAGUUUCUUAUUUUACGAAGUAAUAGACGGGACACAUCAGCCCAUCAGCCCAUCAUCCGUCCACCAACAUCCGCAUACGUUCCGCGUGAAUUAGCUUUAAGGAAGUCACCAAUAAAUUCUACUUAACUGCUAAACAAUCAGCAA